ACAAACAUACAAUGUAUAAUUUGUGCAACAAAUCAUAAACUAAAAAUGUUAGCUGUUCUGACUCUUUGUCUAGGAGCAGCAGUUGCUGGCGUGCUGUCCGAAACAAACAGCUGUACUGAUAUAAAAGAUAAAAUAAUAGGAAAAAGAUUACCUAUUAGCUGGCCAAGAAUUGAGAAGAAUAUUGGAUUCCAGAUGUGUCUCAGAAAAUGUGAGGCGAUGUCCGCUUGUUUGUCCAUCAACUUUAAUCGUUUUCUGUUUGAAUGCGAGUUAAAUGAUAGGAAGAAACAGAAUUUGAAUGAGUUGACAGACGACGAUAACUAUAUGUAUGCAGAAACAACCCGGACAGAUCAUUUCGAUAAUGUCUGUGGAGGGGAAAUCUGCAACAAUUAUUCCACAUGCAUUACUAUGCAAGGGAACUCCAAAGUCUGCAUUGAAACAGAUUGCUCCGAAUUGGCUCCAGAAAUAAUAAAUGAACAGAUUGUUCAUCGAACCUACUCCCCAGCAUCCAUUACUUACGAUUGUAAACCAGGCUACAUUGGCAUUGGUUCCAUCACAACCACCAAUUGUUCUUCUGGCGGGAAAUGGUCAUCUCUAGAUUACCGAUGUGGACUGAGUAAGUAA